CCCACAGCUGGUUCAGACGCCGUCAGUCAGUCGGCGCAGCCUGCAGCGUGUGAGCGUAGUCUUCAGUAAGCGCCUCUGUAAGAAGCGCUUUUCUCCGCAAAGAAGUUAAAGUGUCUCCGCUUGGCUGUAAUCAGUUCUGUGCGCAACAUCAUGUCGCUGCCGCAGCAGUUACGAGGCGAAAGUGACUUUGAUCAACUGCCUCAUAACAUCCCUGUCACUGCCACCAUUGCUGAUAUUGAGGAGAAGAAAGGCUUCAUUGACUACUUUAUGUUUGUGAUUGAGGUGAAGACUAAAGGAGGGAGUAAGUAUCUCAUCUACAGGAGGUACAGAGAAUUUUUCAACCUCCACCAGAUCCUCGAGUCCAAAUACUCUCCUGAAGACCCAGAGAGACCUGGUCCCAACUCCUGCAUCCUGCCUUCAAUUCCAGGAAAAGUCUUCAUUGGCAAUAAGCGGGAGAUUGCAGAGAGCAGAAUCCCUGAACUCAACACGUACAUGAAGAGGUUGCUGGGUCUGCCAACAUGGUUGUUGCUUGAAGAAGCUCUCAGGAUGUUUUUCUACCAGACGGACCAGGACAGCCAGCAUGAACCGCGAGCCCUCAGGCGUCUCCGUCCACCUACCCGCAAAGUGAAGACAGUCAAACCAAAGAUGGACCUCUUUUCCUCCCCCAGGGCCGAGGUGAUAUUUGACUUUCGCGGCAACAGCAAGGCGGAGUUGAACCUGAAGAGGGGAGAGGUGAUCUUCCUGCUGCAACGAGUCAAUGCAGACUGGCUGGAGGGCACAGUGAACAAUCAAACAGGUAUUUUCCCACAAUCCUUUGUGAAAAUCAUUAAGCCCCUCCCAGAGAGUGACACAGAAGGCGAGGGUGAAGGCAACACCUACAGCUGCCUGCGCUGCUUCAUGCUCACCCCCUCUGGGGUCGACACCAGAGAUGUGUGUGUACAAGAGAAUCUCACUAUCCAGCCGAGGUACAAAGACCUACUGUCUCGUAUGAGGAAUGUCUUCAAGGAGGAUGACAUCGCCCUGAACUACCGCGACCCCGAGGGCGACCUCAUCCGUAUCCUCGACGACGAGGACGUCCAGCUGAUGAUCAAGGAGAGCAGAGGUCAGCAGGGAAAAGUCAAGAGACCUGUCAAUCAGUUUCCAUGGGAACUGCACGUGACCUUGGCCUCUGACUUUUCUGUUUACAACGCUGAGGCCUGAGAGAGUGGAACUCAAGGGAAGUAGAGAAGAUAUUAAGUAUUCUUAUAUCAAAACAAUGAAUUUUGCCAAGUGAAAAUUGUUGCUCUCAGCCUUAUUCGUGUUUAAAAGUCACUGCUGUUUCAGUUAAUGUCUGAUACAUUUUACUUAUUAAUAGUAAUUAACAAGUCAAUUAAUAAAAUGUUUAUAUUUUG